UUUAGUGGAGACUCAAUCAGAAAGGGUGCCCAUCUUUUUAAGACAAGAUGUUUACAAUGUCACACAUUCAAUGAAAAUAUACGAGUUCACAAAUCUGGUCCAAACUUGUAUCAAAUCAUGGACAAGAAAAUAGGAGAUUGUCCAAAUUACAUUUACAGCGAGGUUUUCAAAAGAUUCAAAGAAAAAGUCGAAAAGGACAAUUUUGUAUGGAAUAGAGAGCAAAUGGAGAGUUUCUUGGAGAACCCAAAGCUGUUUAUUCCAGGUACGAAAAUGGGGUUUCAAGGUUUAAGAAAGCCCAAGGAUAGAGAAAACCUCAUCAACUACCUCUACCACUCCAACAAAUAA